AUGAUAACUCGAUAAUCUAGACUACCGUCUUUUAAGAAUCCUCCUCCAAUUUCAACUCCAUCAUCUCCAAAGGAGUAGAAAAAGUUGUGGAAAACAAACUUUGGCUUUCAAAACGAUAUAUCUUUUAUCUCUAAUCGGGAUAAAAGUCCUGAACAAUCAAGUUAAAAGAAAAGCAAUAGUCCUCAAUCGAAUUCCAUUACUCGGAAGCCUUUUUAAUUGUAGUUAGGAAUCGAGCAAUAAAUGUUGAACCAUCAUCCAAAAUCAAGGGAGAGGAGACCUCUGAAGAACACCAUCUAUUCUCGGCCGAUAUCAAGAUUAAUAGAGGACUCCCGAACAACCCGUAUGCCAUCAACAGAUCAUGAAAUUAAUAGGGGCAAUUUUAAAUUCCAUUAUGUACUUGGCAAAGGAGGAUUUGGGAAGGUGUGGAGAGUUGAAUUGGUGAAGUCAAGGAAACUCUAUGCCAUGAAGGAGAUGAGUAAAGCUAAGAUUAUGGCUAAAAAUUCUGUGAAUUCUGUAUUGAACGAACGAAUUCUCUUAUCACAGUUAAAACACCCUUUUAUAGCAAAUAUUCAUUAUGCCUUUUAGGAUCGAGAACAUCUCUUUUUGGUUAUGGAUUUGCUGUCUGGGGGAGAUCUCCGAUUUCACAUAGGAAGGAUGAGAAGAUUUAGUGAAUAACAUACGAAGUUUGUAAUUUGUAGUAUACUAUUGGCUCUGGAGUACUUGCAUCAGAACGGAAUUAUUCAUAGAGACAUAAAACCUGAGAAUAUCGUAUUGGACCGAAACGGGUAUCCAAGAUUGACUGACUUUGGAAUAGCCAGAGUCAUCAAAUCAGAAAAUGCUUCAGAAACAAGUGGCACUCCUGGUUACAUGGCCCCAGAAGUGAUGUUCAGAUAAAACCAUAGUGUGGGAGUUGAUCACUUCGCCUUAGGAGUGAUGAUGUACGAAUUUAUGAUGGGGAAACGACCAUAUCUGGGUAAGUCAAGGAAAGACAUAAGAGAUGCUAUUAUUGCUAAGUAAAUACAGUUGAAGAAAAGCGAUCUGCCAAUUGGGUGGACUUUGGAAGCAGCGGAUCUGAUAAAUUAAUUGCUUUAGAGGAAACCUCAGUCUCGAUUGGGAUUCAAUGGGACUCAGGAGAUCUAUGCUCAUUAGUGGUUUGCAGGAUUCCCAUGGAAGAGUUUGUAUGAGAAACAGUUGGCCUCUCCAUUUAAAUUGUCGAAAUCUUGCGAGGAAAACUACAUUAGAGAGAUUUCAUCGGAACAUGAUUCAUUGGAUCAAUAGAUUUAAGAGAAUUCUAUUAAACUGAGACAAGAGACUGUUCAGAAUUAGUUCUAAAAUUAUUCUUACGUGAAAGAAUAGCAAGUCACAAUUAAGAGAUUUUGA